UCUCGGUUUCCACCCAGCACCCCACCUGCCAGAACCCAGCCUCCUGGACCUGGCUGGCUUUGAGUCGGUCCUCAGUCCCUUUGGCUGUGGAAACCAUCCUGCCCCCAAUGAGAAGAGAAGUGGGUCCAGGUCUCUUGAGAGCUGAGCGUUCAGGGCACUGAGCUGACGCACACACUGUGACCUCUGCCACCGAAGACAUCUGCACCUUCCAUGCGGAGCYGAGAUGGGGAAUGGGACUGAGGAAGAUUAUAACUUUGUUUUCAAAGUGGUGCUGAUCGGCGAGUCAGGUGUGGGGAAGACCAACCUGCUGUCCCGAUUCACGCGCAAUGAGUUCAAUCACGACAGCCGGACCACCAUCGGGGUGGAGUUCUCCACGCGCACGGUCAUGUUGGGCACCGCAGCUGUCAAGGCUCAGAUCUGGGACACAGCUGGCCUGGAGCGAUACCGAGCCAUCACCUCGGCGUACUAUCGUGGAGCAGUGGGGGCCCUGCUGGUGUUCGACCUGACCAAGCACCAGACCUAUGCUGUCGUGGAGCGCUGGCUGAAGGAGCUCUAUGACCAUGCUGAGGCCACUAUUGUUGUCAUGCUUGUGGGGAACAAAAGUGACCUCAGCCAGGCCCGGGAAGUGCCCACUGAUGAGGCCCGCAUGUUCGCUGAAAACAAUGGGCUGCUAUUCCUGGAGACCUCAGCCCUGGACUCCACCAAUGUCGAACUGGCCUUUGAGACUGUCCUCAAAGAGAUCUUUGCCAAGGUGUCCAAGCAGAGGCAGAAUAGCACCCGGACCAAUGCCAUCACCCUGGGCAGUGCCCAGGCUGGGCAGGAGCCUGGCCCUGGGCAGAAGAGGGCCUGUUGCAUCAGCCUCUGA